AUCUUUCUUUCUUCUCACAAACCAAGCAACCACCAUCUCACUUUCCCCCUCCCCCUUCGUAGGAUAGCGACACCUCCGACACCAAAGCAACUAGACGCUGUUCUACGACUUUGUCCAUCUUGCACCCCACUGGUCUCUAGAAGACCCUUAACAUCCCCGACUGGCACAACCGAGACAAACACCACCACCACCCGGAAUGUCUCAAUUCGCUUAAACGCCCGCCUCUCGAGGCACUCUUUCGUAGACCAGACUAUCAAUCUUUAGUCUCCUUCUACCAGUCUUCGACCACCUCUUUUGGGUCGAAUCGCUCGUCGAAUUCAACUUUUACCAACUCGCAACCACCACCAUUGUCGAACCAACCGGUUCGGCCUUUAUCUCUGCCAACAUGGCUUCUCCCUCAGUUCGCAAGCGCCUACCGCUUGCCCAUGUCGUCUGCCCUGGACCAUCUCAAUCACAACAACAACAACAACAACAACAACAACAACAACCAGCACCAAGUGCCCUUUUUUGCCAUGAUGAGCAACAACAAGGGACGUUCGUUUGCGGGUCAGGAGCGCUCCGUCGCUCCUGAUCUCGCCGCCUUCGAUUUCCAAGAUGAAGCAGCAGUAACUUCGGUCAACUCUACCUUCGGUCAACAGCACAUCGGCAACGAUGACUUCUUCUCGAGUCCAGAAUGGACCGACCCCUCUCCCGCUCUCACAAACUCGUUGUCCUUUGACCUCGACUCGUGCGACCCCAGCCCGCUCCUGGUAGACAACUACGAGGGUGAAGCCCCCGAACUGGCCGGCAUCCCCCUCUUUGGCGACUACCGCCCUCAGCACCAGCUGGACCAGUCGGACAAGGCGACGGUCGACGCCAAUGACUUCCCCCUCUUUGGCUCCGUUGCCUCGUCGGAGCCGCAGUCGGCACCUUCGCCGACCAGCGGCAAGCGCGCACAGAUGGCCUUCAAGCCCCUGCAGGACUCGUUUGAAGACCCCACUGCGGUUCUUCUCCGUGCCCUCAGCAACGCUGCCCGCGCUCAGACGGCCACCGGCGAUGAUACCACCAAGGACGCGACGCCCAUGACGGCCUCGCCCGCUGCCAUCUCUUCCUCUCCCCCUUCUCCCUUCUUCCAGCCUCGCAACGAGUCUUCUCUGGAGUCGACAAAGUCGAACACCACUUCAACGGUGGAUGAGGCCCAGCGCGGAAUCAAGCGCCGUCACCGUGGCGCCGACCUCCUUCCUCUGGAUGCGCCCAUCCAACCUCGUCACUACAAGACUCCUUCGGCUACUUCUCGCAAGGCGUCCAAGACUUCUGCCGACCAGCAGGCGAGCAACCAGGACCCCUUCUCUGCCGAGGAGGCUGCGUUGGCCGCCGAAAAGGACCCCGUCGUCGCCAAGCGUCUGAGCAACACUCUCGCUGCUCGUCGUAGUCGUCACCGCAAGGCCGAAGAGCUUCGCACCCUCCACGAGACCAUCGAGGAUCUCCAGGCCGAGGUCGAGAUGUGGAAGAGCCGGUGUCAGCGCGCAGAGGACGAGCGUGAGAAGGCCCUUGGUCGUGUGUAAUGUCGUUUCAGCCCCAUUCCCUUUCCGUUUUCCCUCUCUUUAUUCCCAGUCUCAGGUUCCCUACUCGUCGACUUUCUUUGUGUUUCUCAACUUUCUGGGUUCUUCUUCCCUCCCCCAAAAGGAGACUGACCAACGGUCAAGAGUCUUCACUUUGUUUCUUUACCUUGUUUUAGUUCCUCUUCUUCCUUCUAACCGAGAGGUUUCUGAAUUGAUUGAGAUUCUUCCUCUUCAUUAUCAUGCAUUCGUGCGAGGACUGGUUCCGUAGAAGUUGCACCGUGACAGGCCAUCGAGGAGCUGGACGCCAGCCUUGGCACCGUCGAUGAUGGCGACCUUGCUUGCAGCUUCCUGACCGAUCGCAUCGGCGACCCCUGACCGCACGAGCUCCUCCAUGCCGGCCAUGC